AUGUAUUGCACUCCCACCGUGAAUCGGCGUCAAUUUAACAUUCUCUUCCUCGGUACUGUCGCGAAACGUAAUGAGCUGGAGAAGGCGAUGGCUGCACGCCUGUGUGAUGUGGAAGGCAUAGCCACAUUGGGUGAUCUGUGGCACCACAUUCACAACCAGGUGACAGCUGCUGCCGAGGAGACCAUCGGGCGCACAAACUGUAAGCGGCCUGAUUGGUUUGAUGACAACAAUGCGACGAUUGGCGCAUUGGUGUCGGAGAAGAAUGCAGCAUUUGCUGCACAUGUCGCAGACCCCAGUGACUUGGGGAAGAGUAGUCAGUUUCGCAAAGUUCGACGGCGACUGACCCGAGAGUUACGUUGCAUUAAAAAUGCAUGGUGGACGGAGAAGGCGAAGCAGAUGGAAUGCUACGCCGAACGCCACCAACACAAGGAAUUCUUUGACUCUUUGAAGGCGGUGUAUGGACCGAGAUUGGAGCCGCUGAGGACGCUAAUCGAUGGUAGUUCAGGCGCUACCUGCACAUAG